AUGCUCACAAGACGUAAUCGUGCCCUUGUGAAGCCCAACAUCGCGAAAGCAUCAAAAGUGGCGAGACCGCUCAGCGAGAAAACCACUCCCACUACCAGUAAUGACACAGAAACUGCUGAUGUUAGUGCUGUCAUUGACUCCGUUGAGAGCUCGGAUCAUCAACAAACGAUCGAACCUCAGAAGGAGUCAACCUUAGAAACUUUUACCAGUAUUGAAGAAAACUCUCCACCCGUAGUUAACGAUGAACCUCCAGCACCUGUUCACAAUGAUACGUUUGAUGAGGAACAUAACAUCGAUCCACUUGCUCCUGAAAAGAGGAUCGCUCACGUACCCGUCGAUCAUUCAAGACUACUAUCCCCUAAAAGCUAUGAUAGAUAUACUACGGAUUACUACGAGCCACCGCUUCCAAGGCCUAGAAAAAAGUUCGCCGCAGAUGAGCAAUUGGAUCCGAAGAAAAUGCGGAUGAUGGAUAUGAUAUAUUGGAAUCCUAAAAAGGAGAAAAGUAUGACACGUCGUAACAUCGAGACGGAGUCCGUAGUCCGUGAGGAAAAGCCAUCUGUCAUCGAUAAAAUAAGCAUCAACACAAGUAAAACGGUCGCACCUCAGGUGAAAAUUGGGCCGGAUGGACGGCUGGUAAUCGACGAAAAAAGUUUGGUUGUAGCGGAAACGGUUAACGAUGAAUCGGUCUGGGAAACCAUAGAUGAGGAUCGCGUAUCUCGAAAGGUCACCUCUCUUUCAUUUCGCAACCGAACAUGGCGUAAAGGUACAUGCUGGACGGAAAAAGAAACUGAAUUGUUUUACGAAAUUCUACGAUGUACCGGGCCGGACUUUGGUUUGAUGCAUGAAUUCUUUCCAACUCGAGCACGUAAUGAGCUGAAAACCAAGUUCAAUCGCGAGGAAAGAAAUAAUUGGGGAAAAUUGAAAGAGGUACCUUAUUUUGUAUUUACUCUGCAUUGCGCAAAUGGUCAUGCGCAACCGUGA